AUACGGGAUUUCGUUCUUCAGCCACAGAGAAAAAUAGCUUCGACAAAUAUCAAUUAUCUUCUCGGCAGCAAUGGCGUCCCAAGAGAGAGAAGUCCAGGAGAGGCUACUUUCUGAAUCUGAAGACCAGGAGGUGGAGGAAAGGGCCUACGAAUCCGACGAGAAGAUCAUAAUCUCAAUCUCCGAUGAGGAUUCGGACACGGUGGAGGAUGAUGCCCCUCCGCCCCCUUUCUCGUGGCGAAAGUUAUGGCGUUUUACGGGCCCGGGAUUCCUCAUGUCCAUUGCUUUCCUCGACCCGGGAAACCUCGAGGGAGAUCUUCAGUCAGGGGCGAUCGCGGGAUACAGCCUUCUGUGGAUCCUUCUCUGGGCGACGGUGAUGGGGCUUUUGAUCCAGCUUUUGUCGGCGAGGCUCGGCGUGGUGACGGGGCGGCAUCUUGCGGAGCUUUGUCGAGAGGAGUAUCCGAGGUGGGCGGGGAUUGUGUUGUGGCUUAUGGCGGAGCUCGCGCUCAUCGGGGCGGAUAUUCAGGAGGUUAUUGGUAGUGCAAUUGCCAUCAGAAUUCUGAGUGGCGGGGUUAUUCCUCUGUGGAGUGGGGUUGUCAUCACCGCACUUGAUUGCUUUGUUUUCCUGUUCCUUGAGAAUUAUGGUGUGAGGAAAUUGGAAGCUUUCUUUGCUCUUCUUAUUGCAACCAUGGCAAUUUCCUUCGCUAUAAUGUUUGGAGAAACUAAGCCGAGUGGGAAAGAGCUUCUUAUUGGUACUUUGGUUCCGAAACUCAGUUCCAAUACCAUAAAGCAGGCAGUGGGUGUAGUUGGGUGUGUCAUUAUGCCCCAUAAUGUUUUCUUGCAUUCUGCUCUCGUACAAUCUAGAAAAGUGAAUGUCAAGCGGCGAAGCCGUGUAAGGGAAGCAAUGAGAUAUUACUCCUUAGAAUCUGCUGCGGCUCUUGCUGUUUCCUUCAUUAUCAAUGUCUUUGUUACCACUGUUUUUGCAAAAUCAUUUUAUGGUACUAAAAUAGCUGCUAGUAUAGGCCUUGAGAAUGCUGGGCAAGUUCUACAAGAGAAGUAUGGGACUACUUUGUUUCCUAUACUGUAUAUCUGGGGGCUAGGGUUAUUAGCAUCUGGGCAGAGUAGCACUAUUACAGGAACUUAUGCUGGACAGUUUAUUAUGGGAGGGUUUCUUAAUCUUCGUGUGAAAAAGUGGGUUCGGGCUCUUAUUACUAGAAGUUUUGCAGUUGUGCCGGCAAUAAUUGUUGCCCUAAGUUUUGAUUCUUCUGAAUCUGCAAUGGAUGCUUUGAAUGAGUCACUUAAUGUGCUUCAAUCAGUUCAGGUGCCUUUUGCGCUUAUACCUCUCAUCACUCUGGUAUCAAAGGAUGAAGUUAUGGGUUUCUUCAAAAUUAGUCUUAGUCUCAAAACUGUGACCUGGAUUAUUGCUGCAUUCUUGAUAGCCAUUAAUGGGUACCUUCUGGUAGAUUACUUCGCAUCUGAAAUAAAAAGCCUGCUUUACGGCUCCAUAGUGUGUUCUAUCCUGGCAAUAUAUGUGGCUUUUGUUGUAUACCUGAUGGUCCGCAGCUCUCUUCGUCCAGUGUUCUGUAAGGUAUCAACAAAUUCUACCCAUUGAAAGCUGCUUCUAUCACUUGAGUUUGUGAUGCAAGUUUUAUCAUCGAGACGCUCUGGUGAAGAAGAAUACAAGCUUGUUCUCAUAGACUGACAAGGAAUUAUUCAAUAAACAGGUUGUAGAUCCCAGGCUUAUUUAUAUUUUAGGUAUUUAUGGAUCUCAUGAAAUCAAUUUCUUAAAUCUGUAAGUAGUGUUAUGUAUGAUAAAUGGAUUAAUUAUUCUGUGCAGACGGCAAACGUCGUCCGGAGACCAAGCAGAAUGCACCACGUCACUUGUUGUUCGGUACCUAGCUCGGUACUGUUCGGUACCGCUGACGUGGCACAUUCUAGUUGGUCUCCGAAUACUGAACUGUGUUGGGCGUUCGCAUAGAAUAAUCUCUCUGAUAAAUGAGAUUGUCUCCAGGUAAUAAUACAAGUGAAUCAGAUUUGACAA